AUGCCGGCACUGGAGGUGAUCUGCAGCCUGAGCGGCUGGACGAGUCUCUACCUGUUGUUCCGCCGCACCUUCGCUCAGCGGGGGCCCGAGUGGAGCUGCCGGCUGGUCACUUUGUGCCACGGGGUCCUCAUAGUGCUGCUGACGGCGUACGUUGUCUUCGUAGAUGGACCCUGGCCCCUCACACAUGCAGGUACAGAGAACACUGAGCUCCAGAUCUUUGCCCUGGCCGUCUGCCUCGGCUACUUCUUCUUUGAUAUCGGCUGGUGCGUAUUCUACCGCACAGAGGGCCCCGUCAUGAUGGCCCACCACGCCGCAAGCAUCUUGGGCAUCCUGCUGGCGCUGCUCAUGGGAGUGUCAGGCUGCGAGACCUGUGGGGUCGUCUUCGGCAGCGAGAUCACCAAUCCCCUGCUGCAGACCCGCUGGUUCCUCCGCCAGCUGGGCCUGUACGACAGCCUGCUGGGCGACGCGGUGGACCUGCUUUUCAUUUUGCUGUUCGCCACUGUGCGCGUGGGGGUUGGCACGGCGAUGUUUUACUGCGAGCUCACUUCUCCCAGGACCUCCCUGGUAAUGAAGCUCGGGGGCGUGGUUAUGUAUGGGCUGGCCUGGGUGUUCAUGGUGGACAUAGCCAGAUUUGGCUACAAGAAAAGUAGAGCCAAGUAUAAAAGGUGGAUCGAGAACCGCAAGCUCAAAGAAAUGAACGCACGGGAACCGGAUGGGCACGCAGACAAGGGUGACUCAAGGAAUUCAUCUUGA